CGGCGCGGCGCGUGACGUAAUCCGCUAGGGCUGGAGUGCGGCGGUGGUGGCGACCUUGGCGUCGGCAGUCCGUGCCAGAUGAGCCGGCCGUGGCAAGUACUGCGCGCCCUGCGCCUGCGGUUCUUCGGACCUGCCAAGGAGCUCGUGGGUACCGACCAGUUCGGCAACAAGUACUACCGGGUGCCUAAGCACGAGACGCGCGCAGGGCAGAUUAUACCAGAAAGAAGAUUUGUAGAAGCAAUAAAUCGUGAACCAUAUCAGUAUCAAACGGGUGACUUUCCAACAGAAUGGGAAGCAUGGAUAAGAAAAAAAAGAAGUGAUCCACCCACCAUUGAGGAGAUUCUUAAGAAUGAAAAUUACAGAGAAGAAAUGAAACAGAAAAUCAAAGAUGUAGCUGAAAAGGAGAAGCUGCUUCAGGCCAAGGAGUACAAGGAGGGACUCGUUGCUGAACCAGUUCAGACUCGUAUUAGAGGCCAUGCAUCAGCUCCAUACUAUGGAAAGAAAGAGCCUUCGCAAGAUCCAACCAGCACUGCAAGUACCUUUCAGCCAGGCUCCUGGAUGCCAUCAGGCAAUAGUAGUGGUCAUAAUAAAAAACACAAUGGGGAUGUGUAGAUGGCACUAAAUGGAUAAAUAGUUUAACAGACAACAUAACCAGCUUUUAUAUAAAAGUGGAUAUGCAAUAAAGUAAUAUUAAGGCAGUUUAUUUUUGCAGAACUGUUCAAAGGGGCUUGAUCACAACAAACUGUUGUAAAAUGUUUGAGUUUAAUGAAAACCAGCAUGUGUUACAAAGUUUGGUUUUGACAGCUACUGUUCAUCUGUUACUCUUGAAAUCACAGGCAGAAGGCUUUCUAGCAAACUUCAUUUUCUUAAAUAAUUCUUUUUCCUUAAAGACUCAUUUUCUUUAAAAAUCUUAAUAAUGUAAUAAAUGUUAGUGAAAUCAGUACACUCAAAUUUUCCCAAACCUAGGCAUUAGUUAGCAGUAUUUUUUUCCAGAAUGCUUGUUAAUUGCCUUGGCAGCACAUGUGCUUUCCUCUGGCAUGUGGAUGGAAAAAUUGAUGUCAUUGACAAGAAUCACUAGGAUGCUAUGCUGAUGAUGCAUUCUACUGAUAACACAUCCUUGUAACUUAAAACAAUCAAUGUACUUGAAUAGUGUUUGGUUUGCAGCCAUCAGUAAGCACAGGAUAAAAUAAGGCAGAGUUAAAGCACAUAUAAGCACUAUGUAGUAGAGGUUAAAGCUGCUGGAAGACAACACAGGGUUUUGGGCAAGGCACUGUCAUCAAUAUUUUAAAAAAAGAACAAACAAAAAACCAACCCCCCCUUUUUUUUUUUUUAUUUCUGCUGUACAUGGGGAUUUCUUUACUCUUUGGCCAGAGGUUGCAGAGUAUUUGCUUAGAAAUUGUUUGGGAACUUCAGUCAAAAUAAAGACCACGUAACUUUUUGGAAAAAA